AGUCACCCAGCGAACUUAUUUCGCCGUCUAGUAAUAUAUAGGCUUGUUAGUUACUCCGCCUUACUCCGUCCUGUGACUUUCUCGGUUGCGUGUCCUCCAUUCUCCUCGUCCGCUGGUCCGUCAUUGGCUAUCCAGCUGAGAAAGCGCCACGUUGGUGCGAUGUUAUACUAUAAAGCGCAAUGCAGCGACGUCUUCGUCUGAAAAGCGAAUAAUCUCGGCGUACAGUAACGUUCUGUCAACGGCGAAUAUCAAUCGCAUCGAGUGAAUUAUCGCGUGGCUAAACAACGUUAGCUCUUGUCAGUCGGUAAAGCUAGAGACGAGUAAAGCGGAAAUCCGAGAGUAAAGCGAAGCUCGAGACGUCUCAUAGCUAUUCCGGAUGAUCCGCUAAAUGACGACUCGUGACAGCCAUCGUGGGACGGUGCCAAUGGUCAUUCUUAUAAGGGCGGGUUGCAAGAGUUUCCGUAUUUUCUCGACUGACUUGCGAGUCGCUCCUGUGUCCUGACUCUCGAGUCAACGCGAACGUCUUUCGUUGAUACGCCUUAGGAAUACGGGCGACAACAUUUCUGCAUUGGCUCCUGCCAUGUCACCUUCCGCCUCGCGAAAUGCGUUUUUUGCUUCUGAAGGCGACCGUAACCAGGUUACCAUCGCGUUCAUAGCUCUCAGCCGUUCACACGAAUGUAGACGUUAGUAGUGUUCGCUUCUAGACCGUUCGUUUUCUGAGGCGUCCUUAGCCCGGCAGCCAUCGCGAGAGCGCAAGGUUUGCAUUCCGAGUAUCCGCGGAAUCACUCUUGACAGCUCAAACACGUGCGCGUGCGCCGUGUGCCAGAGCCCGGCAGCACUCGCAGCGUGCUGAUAGCUGGAGUGACGCUUAGGCCUAACCUGUGUCCUAGAGACCAGCAGCAAGCCUAGAAUUGACCUCCGUUCUCUCGGCCAGCAGCACCAGCAGCACCAGGAGCAGCAGCACCAGCAGGAGCAGCAGGAGCAGCAGCAGCAGCAGCAGGAGCAGCAGCAGCAGCAGCAGCAGCAGCAGCAGCAGCAGCAGCAGCAGCAGCAGCAGCAGCAGCAGCAGGCAUGGAGGCGUAUUUCUGGGCGGUGUUCGCGGUGCUGGUGGUGCUGUGCCUGGCGCUCGAGUGCUCCCGCAGUUCUAAGGACCGCGCACAGACCACGCCCGCCUUCGAGGCCUUCAAGAACAACUACCUGCUCGUCUACUGCCUCAUGAUGGCGGGCGAUUGGCUGCAGGGCCCAUAUGUGUACGCGCUGUACCAGCACUACGGGUACGACAAGGGCGACAUCGGCCGCCUCUUCAUCGCUGGCUUCGGCUCCUCCAUGGUCUUUGGCACCAUAGUGGGGUCGCUGGCUGACAGACAUGGGCGUCGCCUCGCCUGCAUCCUCUACUGCAUCACCUACAUCCUCAGCUGCCUCACCAAGCACUUCCCUGCCUUCUCCAUCCUCGUGAUUGGCCGCGUGCUGGGAGGCAUCGCCACCUCGCUGCUCUUCUCCGCCUUUGAGUCCUGGCUGGUGGCCGAGCACUUCAAGCGGGGCUUUGAGCCGCCGUGGCUGUCCAUCACGUUUUCAAAGGCUAUUUUUCUAGGCAACGGGCUGGUGGCCAUUCUCUCAGGUCUGGUGGCCAACGUGUUGGUGUCGGAUCUCUCACUUGGGCCAGUGGCGCCCUUUGACGCAGCGUCCAUGCUGCUGGCAGGGGGCAUGGCGGUGAUCAUGGGCACGUGGAGCGAGAACUAUGGGGACUCUGACGAGACACACGGGCUGAUUACACAGUUCCAGGUGGCUUAUACUGCCAUCGCCUCAGAUGAGAAGAUCGCCCUCCUAGGCGCCAUCCAAUCCCUGUUCGAGGGCAGCAUGUACACGUUCGUGUUCCUCUGGACGCCAGCGCUCGCCCCGUCCCAGCAGGCCAUCCCGCAUGGCUUCAUCUUUUCGCUCUUCAUGCUCGCCUCCAUGGUCGGCUCCUCCCUUGCUUCGCGCCUCAUGUCCCGUGUGGGGCUGCGCGUCGAGGUGUACAUGCAGGCCGUGUUCGCCCUCUCCUCUCUAUCCCUGCUGCUGCCCUGCAUCGUCAAUUGGGUCAUGGAGCCGCACCCCCCACCGGGGGGCGGAAUAACGCCAGGGGGGCGGGUGCAGCUGGCAGGGUUCUGCAUGUUUGAGGCGUGUGUGGGCGUGUUCUGGCCGUCCAUCAUGCGCAUGCGCGCGCAGUACUUGCCAGAGGAGUCGCGCUCCACCAUCAUGAACUUCUUCCGCGUGCCUCUUAAUGUCUUCGUGUGCAUCGUGCUCUACCAUGUCCGCGCCUUUCCCAUGACGGCCAUGUUUCUCAUGUGCUCACUCUUCCUUGCCGUCGCGGCUCUCCUGCAGCGCCGCCUGCUAUCCCUCGCACUCAACGCCCUCCCGCAAAAUGCCGGUGGGCAAACACCGAGCCCCAUUGAUUGGGAACUCAAAGCUCACAGCUCAGAUGGGGAACCGCCUGGCCUGCUGCUGUGAUUGUAGUGAGAUUAUUGAAAUGAUGUUCUUCAAUCAAAACAAGCAUUUGCAGUAAUUAUGACAGUUGAUCACACGCAGCAAUCUAGCAACCCCCAUUGCUCUUCGUGUGUUUGCUGUAGUCUACCAUCACACAAGAUGCUGAACUUACACUAUGGAGGACUCACAUUUGUCCUUAUGGCAUUCAAUCAAGCCUGCUUUAGGUGAAUCGUAUCAACUUAUACAUAUUAGCUAUGUAGAAGUUAGAGGCUAGAUUGAGGUA